CAGCCGCGCCUGACCGUACGCGCCAAGACCCGAACCCGCUACCCCUGACGCGGACGAGCCAGGAUUAGUUAUUGUCUGCCGCGUGGGCAGCCGCGACGCCGGGCGAAGCAAGCGAGGGGGAAGGAAACCGCGGCCGGCCGCCCACGAGAUCGAGCCGGCGUGAAGCGGGGGACUAGGAGCCGUGCGGCGCGCGCCAUGGCGGCAGGUAGUAAUCCACCACCAAAGCCGUGGGAAUGUGUGGGAGCUUCAUCUGGUCCAGUGCCUUUCAAGCCCCCCUCUGGAGGUAGUACUAGUGAUGUUGUUGAAGCUUCUGGGACCGCAAAACAUGGAGAAGUUGUUUCUGCCACAGGGAACAAUGUUGCUUCCAAUGUAAAUAGCAGCAUUUCAAGGCAUGUGCCCCCAAGGCCAUGGCAACAACAAGGCUAUGGAAAUUCUUACGGGGGUUAUGGCUCCAGUAUGUAUAGCUCUUAUGGUGGAUUUGGUGGACCUUAUAUUAGUGGUGGGCUGUAUGGAAAUAACAUGUACUCAGGUUAUGGAGGAGGCUAUGGCAGUAUGUAUGGAGGUUCUGGAAUGUAUGGUGGGUCGAUGUAUAAUAGUGGGAUGGGAGGACCCUAUGGUGGUUAUGGUAUGGGUCCUUAUAAUCAGGGUCCAAAUUCGUUUGGCCCUCCAGCGCCACCCCCUGGUUUUUGGGUGUCCUUCCUACGAGUGAUGCAUGGUGUUGUAAAUUUCUGUGGUCGAGUUAGUUUCCUUAUUAGCCAGAACACUCAGGCAUUCCACAUGUUUAUCACGGCGCUUUUGCAGCUUUGUGAUCGGGCUGGAAUGCUUUAUGGUGAGCUUGCAAGAUUCGUUUUACGUUUGCUGGGGAUCAAAACAAAACCAAAGAAGGGUGGUGUUAAGGGCGCAGAAGCUCCAUCAUUUGAGGGACCAGGCCAGCAGUUUGUUGAGGCACCAAAAGCUAACAACAACUCAUGGGACAGCGUCUGGACUGAGAAUGGCAGGGGGAAGUAAGGACCCCGUUUGUGUGCAGUGAGACAGUUUUUGUACAAAAGGAGGAGGAUGAGUUUGCUUACAGGAAGAAAAAAAAAUCUUAUGUUGUCUGCGCAAAUGCAUUUUGCAUUCGGGUUAGAAGGAAAAACAAGUAAUCCCUAAUGCUCUGUAUUUUUUUUCUUCUCUAGUAUACAUGUAGUUCAGUUGCAGCUUAUGUUGGUCUGCAAUGAGAAAUGUUAACUGGUAAAGCACCGCUUUCCUGAAAAUGCAGCAGCAGUAUUGGUUUUGUGGAGUGAA